AUGGACGGGGGGCGGGCGGAGGUGCGGAGCGGCACGGCCGCAUGGGCUGUUCUCGUGGUCGCCAGCGUCAUUUUUGCCCUCCUCCUCGCCAGCUUCAUUGCGCGCUGCGUGCUUGGCGCCCGGGGAGCCGCCUCCCGCCGCCGCCACACGCUGCUGCUGAUUGGGCUCUGCGGAAGUGGGAAGACGACGCUGUUCGCACAGCUGGUCGCGCAGAAGCGUGUCUCCACGCGAACGAGCAUGGAGCCCAAUCGUGCAGCCAUGCGGCGGCGCACACCCGCUAGUAGCACGGAGAAAGGGGUGUCUUCGCCCGCCGCUCCGUCGAUGUUUGCAAGCGGCGCGGACGCGUCUGUGCUGGUUGUAGACUUUCCUGGGCACCGUCGCCUGCGCGGGUUGCUCUUGCCCGCACUCGAGGAGGCGAAGAACGUUGUUGUGGUGGUGGACGCCGUGACCAUUCAGGACGACCGCCAUGAGGGCGCCCAGGCGCUCGCGGAGCUGCUUCUCUCUGUCUUUACCUCCUCAGCGUUUUACGGUGUUCAGCGUGUACUGGUGCUGUGCACAAAGCGGGAUGAGCUGACGAGCUACUCCGCCAAGGCGGUACGGAAGCUGCUCGAGGCGGAGCUCACCCGCUGCAUCGCCUCGCGCCAGGGUGGCCUGCAGAGCCUUGACAGCAUCCUCAACUCGGACGGGGUUGUGGUGGGGCGCAGCAAAAAUAAACCGGUCGGUGGCAGAGGCAGCGGCGGCAGGAAUCGCCGCGCCCACCAACUAUCGCUGGGCGACGGCGGCAGGUUUACCUUCGACGCCUUUCCCGUCCCUGUGCGGUUUGCGGAUGCCUCCGCCAUGGUGGAUCCGGCGCGGCACCCGUUCAACGUGGACGCCGUCUGGGACUUCGUGGAGGGGCGCAUCUGA